GCACCACCAUAUAUAUAUUAGCUCCGUUCUAGUCUACGACGACGACGGCUCAGGCCAAAUUAAAGAUGGCCAGCAAAAGCGCCCAUGCAGUGGCAGUGGCCGUCGCCGUCCUCCUCCUCCUCCUCUCCCCACCAGCACCUGCAGCUUUAGCUGCAGCGCCUCAGCUGUCUGUGGACUUCCACGCCGCGUCGUGCCCGCAGCUCGAGUCCAUCGUGCGCUCCGCCGUGCAGGCCGCGCUCCAGCGCGACAUCGCCCUCGCCGCCGGCCUCAUCCGCAUCUUCUUCCACGACUGCUUCCCGCAGGGGUGCGACGCGUCGGUGUUCCUGACCGGCACCGACUCGGAGCAAGCCCAGCCGCCCAACGCCAACUCGCUGCAGCCGCGUGCGCUGCAGCUCGUCGACGACAUCCGCGCCAUGGUGCACGCCGCCUGCGGGCCCACCGUCUCCUGCGCCGACAUCUCCGCGCUCGCCACCCGCGACGCCGUCGUCCUCUCCGGCGGGCCCUCCUACUCCCCGUCCCUCGGCCAGCUCGACAGCCUCGCCCCGGCCCCGGCGAACCUCGUCAACCAGCUCCCCGGCCCGGGCACCUCCAGCGUACAGCAGCUCAUCAACCUGUUCGGGAGCAGGGGCAUGCGAGACGCCGCCGACCUGGUGGCGCUCUCCGGCGGCCACACCGUGGGGAAGUCGCGGUGCCCGUUCGUGAGGCCCCAGGACGACGCCUUCUCCCGGAAGAUGGCGGCCAACUGCAGCGUCGACCCCAACGGGAAGCAGGACCUGGACGUCGUCACGCCGGUCACCUUCGACAACGGCUACUACAUAGCGCUCACAAGGAGCCAGGGCGUCUUCACCUCCGACAUGGCGCUCAUCAGGGACCCGAUCACCGCGCCCAUAGUCAGGCAGUUCGCGCAGGACAAGGCAGCGUUCUUCUCCAAUUUUACCAAGUCGAUCAUCAAGCUGAGCAAGGUACCGAGGCCCGGCGGGAACGUCGGCGAGAUCCGCCGGAGCUGCUCCAGGUCGAACCGAUCACCGCGCCUCGUGGAGACCACCGGCAGUGAGGAAGAGGGAUUCGCCGCCUCUGCUUGAUUGACAUGUAUCUUGCAUGCGUACUGUGUGGCCUUUGUAUGUUUCGUUGACGGCCGUAUAAUAAGACGUACUGCAUCUGCACUGUUUUUCUCU